UCCUAAAGCUGAAAGAGUACUCUUCUGCAUUAAUGGUUCUUUGGUCCUAGCAACGGUUCAAAAGUCCAAUCAACACAUCACAACGUGGACACAAGCGAAUCUCCCAUCAAACAAAACGAUAAAGAUUCCUAACUCACUUAUUGUUUAAUUUAUUGUAUAAUCACUGUCAGCGUAUAACUUAUUUUAAUCUAAAAAACAAUAAAGGAAGACGAGUUUUACUGGUGAUUGCAUCAUCCCAGUCUGGUUCUACUAAAUAAUUGCUUCUCAGCACUUGCACGCAAUUUGAAACUAUUGGUCGUACUAAUUCUCUGAGCUGCUUUUACAUUUAAUCCUGCUCUGUUAAUCUUAUUGUUGAUUAUAUAGAUUGAAUUAUAAUUCUAAGCCUCUGUUUCUUAAUGGGUUCAAUCAGAAAUAGCAAAAGAUACGUGGGUUUUGUAGCUGGGUGGUGGUGGUUGUUGUUGUUGUACUUACAUGGUUAUUCAGUGAAUGGAAUCGGAGUAAAUUGGGGAACUCAGGCGAGUCAUCCUUUGCCGGCUUCGACGGUGGUAAGGAUGCUAAAAGAUAAUGGGUUUGACAAGGUUAAGUUAUUCGAUGCUGAUUCCAGGAUUUUGAAUGCGCUUUCCAAUUCCGGAAUUCAAGUGAUGGUGGGUAUCCCUAAUGACAUGCUUUUCUCUCUUGCCAAUAGUGUCCAGGCAGCUGAAGAUUGGGUUGCUCAGAAUGUUUCCUCUCAUGUCUCUUCCAAUUCUGUUGACAUCAGGUAUGUUGCUGUUGGAAAUGAACCAUUUCUUUCAACUUACAAUGGAAGUUUCCUUAACACAACUCUUCCUGCUCUUCAAAAUAUCCAGGCAGCUCUUAUAAAAGCUGGCUUGAGCACUCGGGUGAAAGUCACUAUUCCUUUAAAUGCUGAUGUUUACCAAAGUCAAUCAGAUCGCCCUUCUGAUGGUGACUUUCGGUCAGAUAUUCAUGAUCUCAUGGUGCAGAUUGUUCAGUUUUUAAGUGACAAUGGAGCUCCUUUUACUGUAAACAUAUACCCCUUCAUAAGCCUUUAUGACGACCCCAAUUUUCCGAUUAACUAUGCCUUCUUCGAUAGCAACAGUUCUGCUACAACUACUAUAAAUGAUGGUGGAAGAGUGUAUACAAAUGUGUUUGAAGCUAACUAUGAUACCCUCGUAUGGGCUUUACAGAAAAAUGGAUAUGGUAAUUUGUCAAUAAUUGUUGGGGAAAUUGGAUGGCCUACUGAUGGAGACAAAAAUGCAAAUCUCAAUUAUGCCCAACGCUUCAACCAAGGGUUUAUGUCUUUCAUCAAUAGUGGAGAAGGAACCCCAAUGAGAUCAGGUGCCUUGGAUGCCUAUUUAUUUAGUCUUAUUGAUGAAGAUGCCAAAAGCAUUCAACCAGGUAACUUUGAACGCCAUUGGGGUUUAUUUUACUUUGAUGGAACACCCAAGUACCAGCUUAACCUUGGAACAGACAACUCCAAUGGUUUGGUAGCUGCAAAGGAUGUACAUUAUCUUGCCCAAAAAUGGUGCAUCAUGUCACCUUCUGCAAAUCUUGAUGACCCACAAGUUGCACCUAGUGUGAGCUAUGCCUGUGCCAAUGCUGAUUGCACAAGUCUUGGCUAUGGAACUUCCUGCAGCAAUUUGGACGCCCGUGGAAACAUUUCGUAUGCGUUUAACAGUUACUACCAGAUAAAUAACCAACUUGAUAGUGCCUGCCAGUUUCCUAAUCUUUCCAUUGUCACCACCAGCAAUCCAUCAGUUGGAGAUUGCCAAUUUAGGAUCAUGAUUCAAACCACUAGUGCAAGUGUCGGGCGGAGGAUAGUUGUUUCCAUAACAACGCAUACUGCUCUGGUGGUGUUGGUGUUUCUGAUUUUGCUUACAAUGAUGUAAAAUAUUUGGGCUUGAGCUGUCUUUGUAUAUAGGCUUGAGUCAUUAUAGUGAUUAUUUGACGUGCAUACAUACAAAUUACACUAUACGGUUAGGCCCCAAACUUGUAUUUGUAUACAGAUUACCGUUUUGAGACAGCAUUGUUGUAUUUUACGUUACUGUAUAUAUGAAUAAUUCUACACGUUCCUUCAUUUAA